AAAACACUCUUUGCGUUAUCACGUCGAAGUAUGAAGAUCUAGAAAAUUUUAUUAAUCCUUCUUGUGACUGGUAGGUUCCACUGUAAACAUUACGGCCUUCAAACUUUCUGACCUUCUCCCUGCCAACAUGUCUAAGUUCUACCGCUAUCCUGGGUCUCUUACCACUCCGAAUUGUUAUGAGUCUGUCAAGUGGACCGUUUUCAGCGACCCCAUCAAAGUUUCAUCAGCUCAGAUCAGCGCUCUGCGUCUUAUGAAGGCCAACAGUACUAUGAACCUUGUAGAUAACUUCCGCCCGAUCCAGUCCCUUGGCAGCCGCACAGUGCGAGUCAGUUUCAAGGCCCAAUCAGAAGCCACCACAGUAGGAUCGUCAGAGAUCCCAACUGCGCUUAGUCAUGCUGUGGCUGUCAAACUGACUACCGCCCUGUUUCUGCUAAUGCUGUCUGUUGCAUUUCACUUGAAUUAAGAGGUCCACGCUGAUGCUUAAUGACUUAUGGCGGCAUAUUUGAGCUUUCUACCACAAGUUUUGACUGAAGAGAUAAAAUUUUAGUGUUGUAAUUUUGAUGCGCGCAGGGACAGGUGGGGCUUCGAGGAGCAGACGACGUAAUGCGCAGAGGGACCCGAUGCACACAAAGAGCCCAUACGAAAUACUUCACACGAAGUCAUGUCUUGGCCCCUUGACUUGUCCGCUCCUAUAAACCAAUCUUACUGUACCUGUAUGUAAUAAUCGUUUCAAUUUUAGAGAAUGUUCUCGUUGUCAGGACGAAUUCACAAGUAGUCUUUUAAGUAAUAUCCUCUGUGGUGUACGUUUCACGAUUUGUGUCGAUAUUUUUUUGUGGCGUUAAGCAGGCCAUUUUCGUGUUGACUUUUGCCUUUGUCUCAAAAUACGUUAUAGCGUAAACCUUUCUCGUUUCAUUCUCGCGCAACUCACAUAUCACCAUUAUUUAUUCAGACAACUGAGAAAUACCUCGGUAGCGAGUUUCUGGUCAUUUCAACGGAGGGUCUGAUUUGUCAGGAUUUUUCCCUAGUUAUGCGGUGAUCUGAGAAGUAAUUUAUCAACCAGUCUCUAAAUUGCCUGUUUGGACAUGAAAAAAUGACCUUGCCUUUUCGCCGUCAGUUUUGUAGAAUGACUGAUGCUAGAUCGCACGUUAUUAAAUUGUUGAAUGUAAUAUUAAUAAAGAGUGCCGCACGGUGUGAAAUUUUGCCUUGA